AUCCCACACCUCCACACCUCCACAAGUUGAGAAUCAAGCUGCGCUGUACCUUCAGUUACCUUCGAACCUUUGCAUCUGAGCUAAGGAUAUACCGUAGAAGGUGACGACCAUGAAUCUAAUGAUCAGACAGAUAGCCACAGUACACGUACUUCUGUUUGUGCUGGUGCUAGCAUCGCUUUCAACAGAACUGGCUGCCUUUACCCCACUACCGCUUCAACCACGAAGACAACGGCUAACUACCACCGCUGCGCUUGCGUUGGCUGCCAACUCCAAGUUUCGUCCCAUUCCAUCCGAACAAGAAGGCAUUCCCAUUCCCUUUAUCGAUACUGAAGAUAACUCUUUUAUUGAAUGUUAUGCUGAUUGCAUUGCCGUGGUAGAGGACGUCGAAUACACUAUUGGAGUCCCCUGUGAUUACGCCGUGGCACUGUGCUACUUUCGGGACGAGGAUCAGUUGGUACCCAUUGAACUUGACGACAAACUCAUGGAUGAUAUUUAUCCAAUGGCAGAGUCUAUUCUAGAAGAAGAAUUUGCAGACGAAUUGGUGCUUCAACGGACACCUCAAACGCUGACGCUCGUGGGAGAAUUGGAGGAUGACGAUGACGAAGAUGAUGAUUUGAGGGGGGAUUCAGACGAUGAUGAUGAUGGGGAGGAAGAAGUCGAAGUAUUGCUAUCAUUUGAACACGAUGGAAGGCAAUACAAUCUAGUCAGAAUGUUGGAUCCCAUGCUGUUGGUGGGAAAGGUGGAUCCAGCCGAUCCUGAAUGUAGAUUGCUACUCUCACAGCAGGAAUCUGACAAGGUCAUGCCAAUAUUAGAGGGAAUGUUCCUGGACUUCAAUGAAGAACGAGAUGAUGUCAAGCCAUGACAACAACAAACAGAACGAAUAACUUGGUGGUUGAUUUGUCUUUUUUAAAUAGAACAGUCAUAAUUGGACCAUGUAUGCAGACUCCUCACUCUUGAUGAUUGUGUACCAAUCGCACACGCAAGGAAAGAAACGCCAGUUACGAAGACUACAGUCGGUUGAAUUGCAAAUGAUUUGAAAUGGCAAGCUGGAAUGCGGAAGCAACGAGUGACGGUGCAGAUACUUUGUAUGUUUUGUCAACACGCCUGUUACUGUCUGAUAGGUGCAGAGCAGUGGGCUGUCAAUGAGACUGCGAUCCCCACAUUCCCACAAAAAGAUGAGAGUGUGCUCUCCUGAAGAUUUUGCUUGUCACAUUACUAGUAUGGUAGUAAGUGAGUUAUAUGAUGUUCGCGAGUUGUUCCGUCGUUGGUACGAAGCAGAACCCACAAUUUGAGUAGUCCGCUCCAUGUCCCAUCCAUGUUUCCUGCCUUGAACCCAGCAAGCUGGAAUCUCCCUUGCGAUCGAAGUUGCUUGCUGGCUAGCCAUAUAGCUACAAUAGCAAUAUUUCGGUGCAGUUUGCAAUGUCACCAGGGGAAGUCUGCUGAAACCCAUGAUUGAGGCCAUUCCGAUGAAAGAUAACGUACUGCUAUGCUGUUGAUGGGGAUUCCAUCAUACAUGUGCUACCUGAACACGUUGUCCUUUGAUGCAAAGAUGAUGGCCUCCCCUGGCAGCACCAGGCAGAUGUGGAUGCAUCCCAAAGACGUCCAUGCUCACGAAAGGACAAACAGAUGUCCUCCUUUAGCUGCAUCCCACGAUUGUACUUCGGCAUUUCCAGACGAAAAGUACAGGCAAGUCUAGCUGACAACUAAGUCUCGAGAAGUCGGCUCGUGCUGAUGGCU